AUGAAGCCUACGCGUUCUAGGAGCAGGAAAGCUCUCGCUAUAGGGGCUGAGCAGAGUAAUGUAGCUCAGCAAGAAGGUAUCUCUGAAGGGCAGGAGUCCCCAAGGACCCAGCCCGCAAACGAAGAAGCCAUAGCUCGUAUGGCCGAGUUUGUGACCGAGAACCCUAACAUUUUCAAGGAGUUAGGGAGGUACUUCAAGGGACAAGGCAAGCAAAAGGCCGAGUCCUCUAAAAGGAAGUCGGAUGGAUCCCCCGAAGGUUCGUCCGAAGAAGAGUCCGAUGGAAGACGCUUGAGCCGAAGUGCUUCGAAGAAAGCAUUUUCUAAGGCCACCUCUAAGGUAGCCUCCCUGACCAGGUCUUUAUCGAGAGGGCUCUUGGGCCGACGACCUGAAGAGCCUCGACCUAUGGAGGGAGCCGGGGUGGAUUACCCGAGGGCUCCACCCUUCACCGAAGACAUCAACGAGGAGAGACUUCCUCCCAACUUCAAGCUUCCAUCGAUACCGUCUUAUGACGGCCGAGGUGAUCCGGAAGACCACAUUCAUGCCUUCAUCUCGGCCUUCCGCCUAUAUUGCAUCCCGGACCCCGUCAUAUGCCGGGCUUUUCCGGUAUUCCUCCAGGGGACAGCUCGAAAAUGGUUCUGGGGUUUGGAACCUAGGAGCAUCUCAACCCUGGGGGAGUUGGUGGAGAAAUUCCUUCACCGUUUCGUCUCCUCCCGACCGGCGACUCGGACUUCGGCUUAUCUGUUGAAUCUGCAGCAGAACCCGGGGGAAUCACUUCGGUCGUAUGUCCAGAGGUUCCACGAAGAAAGCGUGCAGAUACCUAACCCCAAUGAGCAGGUCACUAUUGCCGCUUUCACCCAUGGGCUCGUUGCCGGGGUGUUCAACACGGGGAUCUACAAGAAAUAUCCCCGUUCACUUCAUGAAUUGUGGUUGAAGGUUGAGAAGGGCAUACAGGCCGAGGACCUCAACCGCAUGAAAAAAGAAGUCCAAGCUGCUCGCCCGAGGGUUGACACCCGAAGAGGGAAGGAGCCUAGCCGAAGUGAGGCGGGGACAGGAAGUGGCUUCCAGAGUCCCAGCCGAGAUCGCCGGAGUGUGUUCGACAGGAUCUCAAAGGGAAAGUCACCCAUUUCUGAAUCCGAACUGACUCCCUUAAACACUUCCCGAUCUCGCGUGCUGUCUGUAAUGGAACAGAACAACCUCGGGAGGGCCCCUCCCAAGAUGUUUGGCAAUAAAGACAAAAGGAACUCGAACCUCUACUGUCUGUACCACCGGGACGUCGGGCACGAAACUGAGGACUGCAACGAUCUCAAAAGAGAGAUCGAAAACCUCAUCAGACAGGGCCACCUGAGGCAGUUCAUCCGCCGAAGUGGCGGACAGCCACGAAAUGAACCCCGACGAGAUAACCGGGGUGAUCAACGCCGAGAUGAAAGGCGACCCUCGAGGAGCAGUUGCAGGCCUCCGGAGGAACCUAGGGAGACGAAAAGGCCUCCCCGGGAUGGAUCUUCUGGACAUGGAUUAGGGUAUGGAUCCAAUAUAGCCGGGGUCAUCAAUACAAUUGCUGGAGGUCCGACGGGAGGAGAUAGCCAGAACUCCCGGAAGAGGACCUACAGGCAAGCUAACCCAGACCAGGCAGAAUCGAGCUCUCGCCUGUCCGAAGUCAUUUCAUAUGGCCCUACUGACCCCGUCCCGGCUGCCUCCAACAGUCAUGAGGCCCUGGUAAUUGAAAUCCUCACCAAUAACUACAUCGUGAAAAAGGUUUACAUUGACCCGGGAAGUUCGGUUGACGUCAUGUACCUCCGUACUUUUGAGAGCCUUAAACUAGCCAAGGGGUGCAUGACCCCGGUGAGAACCCCUCUUGUCGGGUUCGGGGGACACAUUGUGCAUCCCGAAGGGAUGGUGGAGUUGACAGUGACUGUAGGGCGUCAUCCCCGCUGCAGAACCAUCCCCGUCAACUUCGUAGUCGUCAAGGCUGACUCUCCCUACAACCUGCUUCUUGGUCGACCCACACUUAACGCUUUGCGGGCAGUGUACUCCACCUACCACUUAAGCUUUAAGUUUCCUACUUCGGCGGGAGUGGCCGAGGUCAACAGCGACGUCUGUGCUGCCCGAGAAUGUUACCUCGCCACUUUACAAGCGGCCUCCCCAUCAACCUCCGGGGCAAGGCCCGAGAAGAGGUCAAAUAUCCUCACAAUAGACAGCAUUGACCCUCAGCGAGCUGAGAAGAUCCCGAGGCUGGAGACUGGGGAUGAGGUGGAAGGGUUCCCUCUGGACCCCAUGAAGCCUGAUCAAACAGUUCGCGUUGGUACCCGACUCCCUGGUCCUGUUAAAAGAGGUAUGAUAGACCUCCUCAGAGAAUACCAGGACGUCUUUGCCUGGGCCGCCGAGGAGGUUAAAGGAGUCCCACAUCACCUCAUGAUGCAUGAGUUGAACGUCGACCCCCAAGUCCGUCCGGUCAAACAAAAAAGAAGGCACCUCGGCCCUGAGCGCAGCCGAGCUGUGGGCGAAGAGGUAGACAAACUCCUCCCCGCAAAGAUCAUCCGGGAGGUCCAAUAUCCGACCUGGUUGUCCAACCCCGUCAUGGUGAAGAAGGACACCGGAGCCUGGAGAAUGUGCGUCGACUUCACCGACCUCAACAAGGCUUGCCCCAAGGAUUGCUACCCAUUGCCUAAGGUCGACACCUUGGUAGACGCUGCAAUGGGAUAUGAAGUCCUCUGCUUUUUUGACGCCUUUAAAGGAUACCACCAGAUCGGGAUGAGUCCGGAGGAUCAAGAAAAGACCGCCUUCUAUACUGACAAAGGCACAUACUGUUACACCACCAUGCCUUUUGGACUAAAGAACGCCGGGGCCACGUAUCAACGUUUGGUCAACCAAGCCUUUAAAUCUCAAAUCGGCCGGACUGUCGAGGCCUACGUAGAUGAUGUCCUCUUGAAGAGCCAGACAACCUCCACAUUCCUUGCCGACCUGAAAGAAGUCCUGGAAGUCCUUCGGGAGACACGAAUGAUGCUGAACCCCAAGAAAUGUGUUCUCGGGGUCACUUCGGGAAAGUUCCUGGGCUACCUCGUCUCUAGGCGGGGUAUUGAAGCAAAUCCAGACAAGGUGAAGGCCAUCCAAGAAAUGUCCCCACCAAGGUGCGUCCGCGACGUCCAGAGGCUGACGGGGCGUUUGGCCGCUCUGAACCGAUUUUUAUCACAAUCCGCCUCCAAGGCACUGCCAUUUUUUAAAGUCCUCAAGAAAGCCGACAAAUUUUCAUGGACGGAAGAGUGUCAACAGGCGUUUGAGCAGUUAAAAGACUACCUCAACCACCUCCCAACACUCACUUCACCUCGUCCAGGGGACAGGUUAUUCUUGUACCUGUCUGCUGCAGCCGAAGCCGUAAGUGCCGUACUGAUAAGGGAGGAAGGUGUCCAAACACCUGUUUAUUAUGUCAGCCGAGUCCUCCGAGGUCCGGAGACCAGGUACACUCAGGCGGAGAAACUUGUGCUGGCCUUAAUUCAUGCAGCUCGUAGGCUUAAGCCCUACUUCUUAGCCCACCACGUCUGCCUGCGGACAGAUCAACCACUUCGGCAGAUCUUGUCGCGACCGGAGGCCUCUGGACGCCUCACCAAGUGGGCCAUCGAGUUGGGAGAGUACGACUUAUCUUAUGAGCCCCGCACGGCAAUUAAAGCCCAGGCUCUCGCAGAUUUCCUGGCCGAGCUCACUCAUCUUGAGGAAGUGAAUGAGACCAUCCCGGCCUCAAAUAAUGAAGCCGAAUACGAACCUGUUAUCGCCGGCCUGCAACUAGCUCGAAGACUGGGGGCCGCGCACGUUCUGGUCUAUAGUGACUCCCAACUCGUGGUGUGCCAGAUACUAGGUGAAUACGAGGCCAGGGAUGAGGUGAUGCAUCGGUACCUCUCCAAGGUUCUCCAAUUGGCGGCACACUUCGAGUCUUUUGCAAUCCAAAGAAUACCGCGGUCACAAAAUAGGAGGGCUGACGCUCUCUCCCGGCUUGCGUCUACCUCCUUCUCCGAUCUGAACAAAACAGUCCUCGUAGAAGUUUUAGCCGAACCGGGAUAUUUAGCCGAGGUCGUGUACCCCGUCUACCCAGGGGACACCUGGAUGGGUCCCCUGACUCGAUAUCUCAGCCGGGGUGAGCUUCCGGAAGACCGAGCUGAAUCACGGAAGCUCCAACGAAAAGCAGCUCGGUACACCCUCCGGCAAAGUCUCUUGUACAAGAGGUCCUACCUCGGCCCCUGGCUACGAUGUAUCACCCCGGAAGAAGGUAAGAGAAUCCUCGAGGACAUUCAUGAGGGACUCUGUGGUGCCCACGUCGGCUUUAGGAUGCUCGUGAAGAAAGCUCUGCUCCUCGGGUACUUUUGGCCCACCAUGAGGGUAGAUGCCCAGGUCAUGGUCAUUUGUUGUCCUUCUUGUCAACACCAUGCCCCGGAGCACCACCAACCCACUAACCUUAUGAUCCCCAUCACCUCACCAUGGCCAUUCGAGCAAUGGGGAACUGACAUAAUCGGUCCAUUCCCCAGGGCCCCAGGCAACUAUGCCUACGUGGUGGUGGCGGUGGACUACUUCACUAAAUGGGUCGAGGCUGAGCCCCUGAGAAGCAUCACUGGAAUGGUUAUCCAAAAAUUUUUCUGGAAAAACGUGAUCUGUCGCUUCGGAUUACCUCGAGUGGUGAUCUCGGAUAAUGGAAGGCAGUUCGCUGAUAACCCUUUCAAGGCAUGGUGUGAGAACUUGGGAAUCAGGCAACAUUUUACCUCGGUGGGGCACCCUUAA